AUGUAUGCUCGGUCUUCAUUGAAGGAUAGAUCUUUCACCAAUGAAUUCUUGCUGUCCUGCGCAAGAGAAAACCCUCAUGUAAUCGUCCUCGAUCCGCAUAAGCAUAGAGUUACAAAGCCUAAACCCAACAAAUAUCCAGUGAAAACAUCACCACCUCCAUCCAAAUUAGUUCAAGGCCCACAAAAACAACCCAUUGCUACUGGAAACCAAUCACUGCCAUCGAAGCAUGCACGUUCUAGCUCGCCGCCAACACUAGCCAACCGGAAGAGCAUCAGGACAGAGCUCAGCUCGGCGGUCCCUCCCCCGAGCAGCAAACUGAGCCCUCCAUCCGCUCAUUGGAGAUCGACAAAUGCGACAAUUAUAAGGCAGAGGCAUGAGGUUGGAGUGUCGGGUAAUGCUGUCCCACUGCAGCUUGCUGCGAGGAAGGAGAAGACGAGGAGGGCUUGUGUGCACCAGAUCCACCACACCCGCUGUCAGGUGGGUGAGAAUGGAAGCAGGGCAGUGUUUUCUGAACACAGCUCCAGGAUUCCUCUCAUGGAGGACCUGAACAAUCCUCUCAUAUCUAUGGAUUGCUUCGUUUUUCUUUGA